UGAUUAAUCUGAGUGUGCCCCGCUACUAGAAGGGCUACGGCCAUCACCUGUAUGACGUAAUCCAUUCCAACCGCAGCAUAGCGACCGAGCUUGACUACGGGGGAGAACCGCACACAGCCACUUAAAGGAAAAGACAACAUUUGGAAACAAAUGAGAAAGAAACGCGCUACUUUUCAAAGAAUUUGCCAAAAUGCACCGGAGGUGAUAUGAAUGCAUCGACAAAACGAGAAGAUACGGAAUACGUUUGCGUGGAAUAACUAACUGUUUGCGUUGCCCAUACAACGAGCUUUUGGGCUAACAGGCUAGCACAGUUGUCGCUAAAACAUGGUGGGCAGACACUGAGCGAAAAAACCCUCUAUACUCGCUCAAAUAUUCGUGGAUAAUACUGGGAAAUUAACUCGGUUGCUAGUUUUCUGUUCGGAGGGAAUUUUGUGGACUUUAAAACUGCCCAUUGACUUCUUUUCUUGGAGGAAAACUCGCGCACGACCUUUGAAAGUUUUUUGACGUUUCGCGCAAGUUAACCAUCCAUCAAGCUCCGCGAGAAAAGAUGAUUGAACGAUUGAUGUAGUGCGUGCUUGACUGAGAAUGCACAAAAAACGAGGAGUUUCUCACCAUAAAAGCGCAAUUCCUGCGGCAAAGUUACGAGAUUCAGAGCAUCACACCCUCAUCCAUUCAUUUAACAUCAUUUGCUUGUGAAAACAAUGCUCAAUAUAGGCUGCACGAACUGAACUGGAAUAUUGGAACACGUGUCAUGGAUCAUAUGGAAUAAAACUCUGUCAGUGGUUAAUUAAUGGCACUUUCCUUAUGCGUUGAGUUUAACUUCUUUGGACUAGUCCACGCAAAGCAACACAUGGUUUGCUUUCAAAUCAAUUUAGAAGACUUACAGAGAAAAUUACAUGGAGACUAGUUGGUCAUGCCAAGGAAGGAGUUACCAUUGCCAGAGGGUUGGGAAGAGGCCCGAGAUUUUGACGGGAAGGUCUAUUAUAUAGACCAUAUUAAUCAAACCACCAGCUGGAUUGACCCAAGGGAUAGGCAGACUAAGCCUCUGACUUUUGCGGACUGUAUUGGAGAUGAGCUGCCGGUGGGAUGGGAGGAGGCCUACGACCCCCACGUUGGAGCCUAUUAUGUCGACCACAAUACCAAGAGCACCCAGUUGGAGGAUCCGCGGGCUCAGUGGCAGCGGGAGCAGGAGCUCAUGUUGCGGGAUUAUCUGAGCAUAGUUCAGGAAGCACUGAGCGCCCAAAAGGAGAUCUACCAGGUCAAAGAACAGCGACUUCGCCUUGCCCAGCAGGAAUAUCGGCAGCUAAAUGAUGCUUGGAGGGACAAGUCGUCCUCGCAGACCAGCUUAAAUUCCAGAUCCUCAUCAAGCAGUAAAUAUGACCCUGAAAUCCUCAAAGCGGAGAUUGUUACAGCAAAAAGCCGGGUAAAUAAGCUGAAGAGAGAUUUGGCCUUUAUGAGGCAAGAACUACUUUAUAAGGAGCAAGGCUUUGAGACAUUGAAAGAAAUUGAUCACAAAGUGUCCAGUGCCUCGCAUGGCUACAAACUGCAUGAAGCCCAGGCCAUCCUGAAGGAGGUGAAGACCAUUAAAGAUGCCAUUAGCUCUGGGGAAAAGGAGAAACAGGAGCUCAUGCGGAAACUGGCUGUGCUGAAGGAUGAUUUCCAGUUAGAUUAUGGCUCUCAGUCUGACCUGUGGGCCAGCAAUCCGUCCCUGGCCAACUCAAACCUCUCUCUGCCCCGUCUCUACUCAGAUGCCGAGUCUCAAACAGACAUACCUGCUGAGUUUGUAUCAAGCUCAAAUAAACUGGCUGAGAAGGUACGACUGAGUCUGAAAUAUGAGGAGGCAAAAAGAAGGAUUGCAAAUAUUGAGGUCCAGAUUGCUAAACUGGAUAGCGAGGCAUGGCCGGGCCUUCUGGACCCGGAGAGAGAUCGCUUAAUCCUCAUCAACGAGAAGGAAGAGCUGCUAAAGGAACUGCAGUAUGUAAAGCCAUGCAAGCGCGCACCCAACGAGGCAGAGAAGAUUGAAUCUGAAAAGAAACGACUCGAGAAGGACCUGCAAGCUGCACGGGACAACCAGAGCAAAGCACUGACCGAGAGGUUAAGGCUGCACUAUAGGAGAAACAAACUAGUGAAGGAGCUGGAGGAGACGGUGAGGUUGGCGUCUUCCCUGCACACCCAGCUGAAAAGUCUGUCUGCCAGCACGCUGUCAUGUUCCUCGGGCAGCAGCCGUGGAUCACUGACUUCCAGCCGAGGAUCCCUGGCCACCUCCAGCUUGGGCUCCACUUCCUCUCUCAGCUUCACCGACAUCUACCUGGAGCAGCCUGAACUGGGCGACCCUGACUUCCAAAACAAACUGGACUCUAUUCUGCAGGAGGGAAGCACCUCUGGCUACAGGCCCUCCAGCUCCAUCACCACCAUCCAUGAGAAUGAGGUCUCAUCCUCAUCCAGGCAGGUGGGCAGCGGGCCGGGGAUGGGCCAGAGAGCCCAAGUGUUGCGGCUGUCGGAGACCCCUCACUCCAUGAGCUCCCUGUCCCCACGUUCCUCACUGUCUUCCCUCUCUCCUCCUUGCUCGCCCCUCGUUACUGAUGCUUCCUUCCUGUCAGGAGAGGCCUUUUCUGGUCCGGCCUCACAGUUGGAUUUAGAUCUGCAAACCAGGCUGAUGGAGCUCCGGCUAGAUGAGGACCAGCAGCAGGGGCAGCUGGCCUACCGUGACAACAAACAAGACAACAUUAUGGCCGCAGUAGAGCCUUCAAAAGAUGCUGUUACGCAAAUGAGGGUGCCCGGGCCUGGAUCGAAGAAGGCGGGAGUAACGUCGGCAGUGUCUGACGAAUCGGUUGCAGGUGACAGUGGGGUAUACGAGCCCUCAGAGAAAAGGCCUGGGCUUCCUGUCGAGCAGCUGCUGGGUUAUGAUGACGGGAGCUCAUCAAGCAGCGCUCAGAUCAAACUCGGCCUGAAGUAUGAAGCGAAAGAGAAGAAGUUCACAGUGUUCGUAAUGCAGCUCUCCAACUAUAGCGCGCUCUCCCUGCCAGCCAACCAGAACAUAUAUGUUCGUGUGGUGGUGCUGCCGUGCUCAGAGCCCGUUCGGUGUCUGUUCCGCACCCACGGCGCUCUACCGCAGGAACCCUUAGAGCUCAAAGAAGCUUUUAGCCUGCAGAUGUCCUCCACUGCUCUCAGACAGAAGACCCUACGCAUUGAUGUCUGCACCACCAGCAAAUCUGGCCGAGAGGACUGUCUAGCUGGUGCUCAGAUCAGUUUGGCUGAUGAGGAGUAUUCAGAGGAGUGGUGCUCCAAGUGGUACAACCUCCUCAACUGCACGUACAUGCCAGAAAUGGAUAGAAAGCACAAGGAAACAGAGGUCUCCGCUCAGCAGGAGCUGACUUCAGCUCCCAGCACCUCAGAGACCACCACUGCACACCUGGAGAACGUUCCUCUGGAGGACUGGCCCACAGAGGAUUUAGAGGGUGACGUGUUUGAUGAUGGAGAAUGUAGUGAGGUUGAAGAGGAUGAGGAGUUCUACCACGAUGAGUGCCAGUGGGAACAGGAGGAAGAGCCAGUUAAACCUGGACCAACAACAGUCAUAACGGAAAAGGUGAAUAAGGAGACAAGUAUGGAUGGACUCCCCCAUUCUGCUUCUGUAGUUCGGCCUAAGGAACGACGACAUGAUGUUCAUCAGCAAAACCCUUUUAUGCGAGGAAACACCAUCAUCCGGUCCAAGACAUUUUCCCCUGGACCUCAAAGCCAGUAUAUCUGCAGGAUCAACCGCAGCGACAGUGACAGCUCUACCCUUUCUAAGAAAUCUCCAUUUGUCCGGAACGCUUCUGAGAGACGCAGUGUUCGAAUGAAGAAGCCACCCAUGCAGGUCAAAGGUCUGGACGGGCUUCUGCGCACUUCUCUGGAUCUGGAGCUAGACUUGCAAGUCACUCGCACACGGCACAGCCGAUUAAAUGAGGAACUGCGUGUGCUGCGGGAGCUAAAGGAGCAGUUGGAGAACGCCCGACAGCAGGGCCAGCACGUCCUCCCCACAUGGGUACAGGAGGAUGAGCGCUCGUUGCUGCUCAAACAUGCUGAGAGACAAACCCAGGAAGAGCAGCUACAAGAACAGAGGGUAGAGAAGAUGAUGCGAGCAGCAGCCAAGGAUGUGCACAAGAUCCGUGGACAGAGCCUCAAGGAGGUCCCUGGGGUCCAGUCCUUUAGAGAAAAGAUGGCCUUCUUCACCAGAGCGAAGAUAAACGUUCCUGACCUACCAGCCGACGACGUGUAGAAGAUAUCCUUCUUAACUGCUUCUGUUUCCAUGGAGACAAAACUGACAUCUUGCGGUAUUAUGAAGAAUGAAGAAUGGUGUGACAGGAAAAUGUAUGUUGGGCAGGAAAAAUGUCAUUUUAAAACACUGGGUUUUAACUCUCAACUGAAAUUGUAUAGAUCCGUGUUUUUUUUUUUUUUUUUUUUUUUUUUUUAGAUAGAUUUAUUUUUUAAAUUUCACCAUGUUCUGUUACUAAUAAGAGUAUGUCAGUAUCUGUUCUAGGUAUUUUAGUGGUCAUUCAAAAACAACAGUGCGUCUUUGAAACGAGUGUGAAACUUGCUGCUCUGCUAUCGGGCAGGACUGCUUACUGUAACUCUUGAAGAUGUGAAUACAGAUACUUAUGGUACUACUUCUGUUCAUAGCACAAGGGUUCAGGACUCGAACUUUAUGACAAAAUGAACGGGCAUAAAUCCUGCUAUUCCAGUCACGUCCCUCUAGAAACAAGCACAUCUGUCCACAUUUAUGUUCGACAGUCUCAAGAUUUUUGCAAAUGUGUAAAUGGUUACAGAUGUUAGGAAGCAUGAAACUAAAGCAUGAUGAGUUAAAUAGACCGGUUAGUAGACUAAAUCGAUUGCUAACUGCUCUCCGUGUUCGUUUUGUUAAUUGCACAUGCAAACAAGACACGUUAGUGCAAAUGUUCGUAAAAUGAUGUAGAAACUGCACUUAGUUCCACAGACUCUCAGGUAGAAUAUCAGAUAGUUCAUGCACUUUAAUAGGAAAAGGCAUUGAAAUAGAGAAUAAAGCAAAAAAGCACAUUGUGAACGCAAAGAUCGUACUAUCCCAUUAAAGUGAAACCAGCUCUUGUUGCAUCUUUGGAAACUUUCAAGCAUCUUUUUGGGUUUUAUUAACUUUCCAUGCUGGUUUCUACAGUGGCCUGUUGUAAUAGUAUUUCAUUUCUACUGAUAUGGACCUCUUCUAAUCUAAAAAUACCCCUCACGUUCUUCAACAGAUUAGCUUUGUAUGUGACUAAUAAGCUUCAAAACAAAAACGUUAGCAUCAUUUUAUUUACGUCCAACCCAAAUAUAUUUUUAUUGCUACCUACAAGUAGAGGAGCAUUUAGAGUGUUGAAUCUCACAAAAAUGUAUCAUAUUUCACACCAUAAACAAAUGAAGAUGAGUUCUAUUUUGCAUAAGAUUUACAUAACACCAUUAAAAUUACUUAUCAUGUGGGAUUAAUUUGAUGACAGUUAAGUGCAUUUUCCCCAAAAUUCUUAUGACUGCAAUGUGAAGGAAAAAAAUAUAUUUUUUUAAUAUAUACACACACACAGUACUGUGUUGUUUUAAUGACCAUCCAUAUUUUUUUUUUCUCUUAUUAAUAUACAAACAGAAAAUACCUGAGAUAUGUACAAAAAAAAAAAUCUGAACAAAAUGGCUUCUUUAAGCAAAAAUCAGUAUUUUACUGUGACCUCCUGGACUUAUUCCAGUUUCUCAAAGAGACUCUGAAACUUCUCAUCAGAUUUUGAAAGUUUUCUUGGCCUUCCAGUCCUUUUCCAUUCCAUUUAGGAUUUAAAGGUGCAGUGUGUAAAUUUUCGCGGCAUCUAGCGGUGAGGUUGCGAACUGCAACCAAUGGCGUUCACCCCUCCCUUUUGAAGCACAUAGAGAAGCUACAGUGGCCGUCUGGCCGACACAAGACAGAUGUCGCUGCUUCUAAUAAUCCAGACGAUGGCUACUACUACUACAACUACUACUUCAUGGGUAUUCAACGUAGCUACGAUGCAAGCUACAUUUUAAAAUACAAACAAUUUAGAAGAAGAACAACAUAGUGACGAAACGCGCUCUGUAGAGCAGUAAUAGAAAUAUACGUAGGUGUAUAUAGAAAAAGCUCAUUCUAAGGUAAUAAAAACAUAAAGGUUCAUUAUGUAAGGUCUUACCACUGAAAACAUAGUUAUGCAUAUUAUAUUGCAUUUCUGUCAAUAGAUCCUCCCAAAUUUUACACAUAGCACCUUUAAGAGAGUCAGGUUCCUGCUCAAGUAUAAGGGGAGGUCACUAGAUAAUUUGUAUAUUUUUUUCUCAGAUUUUUUUUUGUUUAUUUAUAUAUAUAUAUAUAUAUAUAUAUAUAUAUAUAUAUAUAUAUAUAUAUAUAUAUAUAUAUAUCAUUACUUUUAUUAUCAAAUUUGAUUUUUUUUUUUAACUCCUUACUUUUGUAGUGAGACAGAAAACUUGUUUAUUUUUGCAUUACAGUACACUAGAUUUGGGGAGAAUUGCCAUGAAAAUUUAGUCCAAAUCCAAAAAUUAAAAAAUUCUGUAAUUUCUUAUUUUAUUUAUUUAUUUAUUAUUAUUAUUUCCAAAAAUAUGACCCACACGUUUAUGAAAAAUACUAUUGAAAUCUGGAACUGUAUCUUUACCGAGGCAAAUAAACAGCUACACAUCUAGGGCACUGAAAGCUGUGAAGGCACACAGUUGACAAUUCCCAGUUCUCCCUGUAAACACUUAAUAAUGUAUCGCACGCCACUGCAGAGAUCCGUUUGGAGACUCCUCAUACGGAGGGAGUCACUUGUGAUUUGCAUUAUGUAAAUGAGCACUCCCUCUAUGCUAAUCUAAUAUUGAUUUUCACUAAACUCUUCAUAUACAUGCUAAAUAUUCAGUCAAAUCUUUUUCUGAAGUAUCUCGAUAGUAUAUGACUAUGAAUGUUACUACCGUGUCAUUAAAAUCCCUUUUCAACGCAACGAUAGCUUUGAAUCACAGGCCAAGAUGUAGCACUUUUUAAAAAAAGCCCCAAUUCAUGCGACCCUUUAUUUGAUGCUGAUUUACGUUAUUUUUUACACAGUUUUGUCUUAAUUUAACCAGUUAUGGAUGGCAUUACCAGUCCGAUUUCAUUGAUUUUGCUCACAUUUAAAAUGUUACGUGAAAUUCUACAGUUGUGCUCUCAACAUGUUUUUGUAUUUGCUCAGUUUCCCUCCUGGAACGCCUCAUAUUAUUAACUAUGUACAACUGUGUUCUUAAUUAGAUCCUCCUAUACUUCAUUAUGCCUUUGUUCCUCAAGGAAGUAUUGAUUGUACUGUCAUUUACUCAAACCCAGAUAAUGUCCUUUGAAUUGUAGUAGCAACGUCAUAACACGUAUAGAUAUCACAAUGUCCGAAACUAGCGUGGAAUCUGGUACGGAUGAUUCAGUACCCAUCAUCUGCAAUGUACAUGUGCAUGUGGCCUAGUCUCUUGCUCCACUUAGUGGCGUACAGACAGAACUGAACUUGUAUUUCCUUGUAGCACUCAUUCUGAAACCGUAAUUUCUUCUCCAUUGUAAUUUCACCUAAAAAAUUUUAGGAGAUGGAGUUUGCAUAUUUAUUUUGACCCCAGCGCACUGUAAACGACAUUAAAGACCCAACUGAAUCAUGCUGUCCCAAAGCUUUUAGCCACAUAUCUUAUUCAAAUAGAAGCAUCAUAUAGCUUUCACCUUAAAGCCAUUGUACUCGGUUGUUUUGUCUUCUGCAGCACAUUUUCUUGUAGAUCCUGUAGUUUAACCUAGUUUAUUAGAGUACAACCUUUCCUUUGGCUUUGUUUCAGCUUUUUUAAUGUUAUUAUUUUCGCUGUUUAGAUCCAGUUAAGACAGUACACCGCCAAACUUAUACAUCCCAGCUCAGUUUAUUAAGCUGCUGCGUGAUGUAUAUUUCUCACAUUGGCAUUUUUAAUUAAGGUACUUUUUUAUUAUUAUUUUUACCAGAGCUUUUCAGAUUUACAGUUUUUACCAAUUUACGGUUAUUUAAUUGUGAUGGAAACAGUAUAUCCCCUUUAAAUGUGUACUGUUUACCUGGAAACACUACAGCUGAGCUUAUUCUGAGAGUAGUCGAACAAGAGAGAAUGUCUUAUGUUUUCACUGGUCGUACAGUAUGCUUACCGUUCACAGUAUGUGUUGGAGAGAGAAUUGUCUUGAUUGAUUAGGUGCUCUUCAACUAUCAAAUCUGAGGUUCAUAAGGACAUAAUAUUUGGCUUUUUUUAUUUUUUAUUUGGAUGCUUGGUCCAGUCAUGCCUAAAUCAUGUAAUACUUGCUUAAAAUAAUCAAAAGGAAAAAAAAAAAAAUCUGUCAGUAUCUGAUGCUGGUAGUCAUGAAUGAUUCAUUUGUUUAUUGUUCACAGUAGGACUUUUAUUCUGAAAACUCCAGUGCAUUUUUUUUUCUUGUAUUAAUGAUGAAAAAAAAAAAAAACCCUGAUCUGAUCACAGUGAUGGUUGGAGAAGUACAGCUUGUAUUUAUUGCACUUUUGUGAUUUGGGUGUGCUCUCUUUCUUUUUCUUGUGAGACUUUUGAAAGCUGUGAAUUUUAUCAUCGACACUGUACUGUCAACCAGAAUUGUAAAUAUAUCACCAGCACAAGAGUAUGUUUUGUAGUUUCACAACAAAUAUAAAAAGUUCCUUUCUUCUAAUCUUUAUAA